AUGGUAAACAAAGAAGAGAUUGAAGAUGAGAUGAUUAAUGAAGUAGCUCCAAAGGCUUUGGAUGAAGGUGAUAUUGCACUUUUAAAAAGCUAUGGAGUUGGACCAUAUACUAAAUCAAUCAAGACGUUAGAAGAUGAUAUUAAAAAGAUGACAGCAAAAGUAAAUGAGAUAUGUGGAAUUAAAGAAUCAGAUACUGGUAUUGCACCACCAUCACAAUGGGAUCUCAUCGUAGACAAGAACUCAAUCAAUGAGGAACCACCCUUACAAGUAGCACGUUGUACAAAAAUCAUUAAUCAAGGCACUCCCAACGCCAAAUAUAUUAUCACUGUCAAGCAAAUCGCCAAGUUUGUAGUGGCACUCGGUGACAAGUUGUCACCAACCGAUGUUGAAGAAGGUAUUCGUGUUGGUGUUGAUCGUAAUAAAUAUCAAAUUCAAAUUCCAUUGCCACCAAAGAUUGACGCAUCAGUAACAAUGAUGCAAGUUGAAGAGAAGCCAGAUAUUACAUAUAAGGAUGUCGGUGGUUGUAAAGAACAAAUUGAAAAACUAAGAGAAGUAGUUGAAAUGCCAUUAUUACAUCCAGAGAAAUUUGUAGAGUUAGGUAUUGAUCCACCAAAGGGUGUUUUAAUGUAUGGUCCACCAGGUACAGGUAAGACAUUGUGUGCACGUGCUGUUGCCAAUCGUACCGAUGCAGCAUUCGUUCGUGUCAUUGGUAGUGAGUUGGUCCAAAAGUAUGUUGGUGAGGGUGCCAGAAUGGUUCGUGAUCUCUUCCAGAUGGCACGUUCCAAGAAGGCCUGUAUUAUUUUCUUUGAUGAGGUCGACGCCAUUGGAGGUGCCCGUUUCGAUGAUGGUGCCGGUGGUGACAAUGAGGUGCAACGUACUAUGCUCGAGUUGAUCAAUCAGCUCGAUGGUUUCGAUCCACGUGGUAACAUCAAGGUGUUGAUGGCCACCAACAGACCGGACACACUCGAUCCAGCGUUGUUGCGUCCCGGUCGUUUGGAUCGUAAGGUCGAAUUCGGUUUGCCAGACUUGGAGGGUCGUGCACACAUCUUUACCAUCCACGCCAAGACAAUGUCGUGCGCUCGUGAUAUCCGUUUCGAGUUGUUGGCUCGUCUCUGUCCAAACUCGACCGGUGCCGACAUUCGUUCCGUCUGUACUGAAGCCGGUAUGUUUGCAAUUCGUGCACGUAGAAAGAUUGUAACAGAAAAGGAUUUCUUGGAGGCCAUCGACAAGGUCAUUAAAUCAUAUGCUAAAUUUUCUGCCACUCCAAAAUACAUGGUUUACAAUUAA